UGGCUUAAGGGGACAGACAGCCAGACAUCCGUCGCUCGACAGAUAGUGGACGAGACGUAUUGGCCGGAAAUGCGAGUCCUAGUGCUGGUGGUGAGGGACACCCAAAAGGACACCAGUAGUACAGCUGGAAUGCAACUAACUGUGGCUACCAGUGCUCUCAUGAAGCACAGGGUGGAAGUGGUGGUACCGGCGCGGGUCGAGGCUAUGGUAAAGGCUAUUAAGGACAGGGAUUUCCCCUCAUUCGCUGAGAUAACUAUGAAGGAUAGUAACGGCUUUCACGCCGUCUGUGAGGACACAUACCCGCCCCUGCAAUACAUGAACGACACCUCCCGUUCCGUACGCCGAUUCUGUCACCAGUACAACGAGUAUUACGGCGCCAAUCGCGUCGCCUACACCUUCGACGCCGGCCCUAACGCCUGCCUGUAUCUGCUGGACAGGGAUGUGGCGCCUGUAGUCAAGCUGUUGCUGAGAUACCAGACGGGUCUGGAGGUGAAGGGACAGGCGGUUGACGUAAAUGGCGUGGAGUUGGAGUCGGGAUUGACGGCAAGUUUCGACGAUAAGCCGUGUAUUGGAAGCGAUUCCUUGCGCUAUAUUAUCAGCACUCGUGUCGGCUCCGGGCCACAGGUGCUGACCGAUGAGCACCAGUGCCUACUGAACGGACAGGGGUUACCUAAAUAG